AUGCAAAUCAGUGUUGAGCCUGAUGUCUUUGAGCAGUUUCACAAGUUGAAGCAACUACACAAACCAGUUGGGAGUGACAGUGAAUUUCUCUCUUUUAUCGUGUCCCACAUUCAAAAGUGUUGUUACAAAAGCGACAGUUGCAACCCAACUGUUCAAGCUCUUCCGAAUGGCACAUCUCUUCGGUCAUGCCCAGAAUGCAAAUUUUCAGCCGGCACGUCUGAACAGCUUUGGGAUCAUUUCGAAAGUGUUCAUCCUGAUGAAGGGAGCUUCUCUUGUACAUGUGGAGACUCUUAUAACCGUUUGCCGUUGUUUUUGAGGCACUAUGUAGAUUGUCCCGUAGCAUCUACUGACUUGGAAGAUCCUCGUCGCAACUUCGCCUCGCUUAAGGACGGACGUAGAAUUCUGCCUAGCAUCCUUCAUUCUAACUGUGACGGUAUAGCGGGUACGAAAUUGGGUCAGCCUAAUGUCUACCACCCUUACCGUCAGUCUACGGUAUCGUCUGCUCCAGGUCCGUCAGGUGACAAGCCAUACGGUUGUCCAAAAUGUUAUAAGGGUUUUAAAAGCAAAUCUCUUCUCGACCAACACAUGCAUCUCCAUUUUCCUCCUCGCUACAAGUGCAGGUGGUGUGGUAAUGUCUACCGUUGGCCACCUGUUUAUUACCAUCACAAGCAACGGUGUAAAAAACGUCCGGUCAUUAGUAUGAGUGAAAUCGGUCACGCUUCUGACUACCGUUGUCUUAAUGGUUCAAUUAUGAAAGUCGAGGAUUCCCAAAUGCAUGUCGAUCAUAUUUCACCGAGACAAACCGCGUUCAACCGUUUCGUGAAUGCACCAGGAGUUUCUUUCACUCAAGAACUGGCGAACGAUAACAUCAUUCAGAAUGUUCCAGUCAUCGGGGACGAUGCAGCUAACUGUUCGCUAACAUGCCUAUGCACGGAAAGCUUUCUAAAUGUCCCUUCCUACCUUGAGCAUGCAACUAUAUGUCCAAAAGUUGUGUCGGCAUCCUCCGUCUUCGAAAAUCUUGCUAAUAGAGCCCUGUCUACUUCAAACAACUUAGGAUUCAGAUCUCCGCGACAAAGGAAUUCUAUUUCAAAUUUCCGGGAAUUACCGCCCGAAUAUCUUUCACAACUAAAAGAUACAACUUUAAUGCACUCUAAUCCUGGUGGUAUUUUUUCGUGUAACAUGUGUGGCAAGGAGUUCAACUCCAAACUAUCUCUCAAACAGCAUGUAGAUGGAAAGCAUCGUGCUGAAGGUAAGUACCUCUGUGGGAGUUGUGGUAAACGGUACCGUUGGGGUGCCUCGUUUUAUUACCACAAAAAAACGUGCGCCGGGCCUGUGUCUUGUGUACUCAAUUCUCAAACUCCGGAGCUUGUGACCACACACACUUAG